GCUGAGUGGCUCGGUUCGGUUGCUCGGCGGGGCUCGGCUGCACGGCCGCGGACGGGCGUGCGCUGGGGGGGCGCGGGGCGCGGGCCUCGGAGGUGGCGGCGGAAGCCUGGUGCCCCCGCCCGCCGGGUCCUCUCAGAGAGGCAGAGCGGCGGCAUUCCCGCGGCCCGGACUCGCACGGGUGCGGCGGGCGCGGCGUGGGGGGCGGCGGGGGCGCGGAGCAGCGCGGCCCGCCCGGGAGCGCCGCGGGCCGGGUCAGCGCGGACGGCGCUCGGCGGACUCGGACGCACUGCUGGCCGGCCCCUCCCUGCCCGCGCGCCCGGGCGCCCACUCGCCGGCGCGGGGCCCGGGAGCGAUGACAUCGACGGGGAAGGACGGCGGCGGGGCGCAGCACGCGCAGUAUGUGGGGCCCUACCGGCUGGAGAAGACGCUGGGCAAGGGGCAGACAGGCUUGGUGAAGCUGGGAAUCCACUGUGUCACUUGCCAGAAGGUCGCCAUCAAAAUUGUCAACCGUGAGAAGCUCAGUGAGUCGGUGCUGAUGAAGGUGGAGCGAGAGAUUGCCAUCUUGAAGCUCAUCGAACAUCCACAUGUACUGAAGCUGCAUGACGUCUAUGAAAACAAAAAAUAUUUAUACCUGGUGCUAGAACAUGUGUCUGGGGGAGAGCUGUUCGACUACCUGGUGAAGAAGGGCCGGCUGACCCCCAAGGAGGCCCGCAAGUUCUUCCGGCAGAUCAUCUCUGCACUGGACUUCUGUCACAGCCACUCCAUAUGCCAUAGAGACUUGAAGCCAGAGAACCUGCUGCUAGAUGAGAGGAACAACAUCCGUAUUGCAGACUUUGGCAUGGCAUCCCUGCAGGUGGGAGACAGCCUGCUGGAGACCAGUUGCGGAUCUCCACACUAUGCCUGUCCGGAAGUGAUUCGGGGCGAGAAGUAUGAUGGCCGCAAGGCAGAUGUGUGGAGCUGUGGUGUGAUCCUGUUCGCCUUGCUGGUGGGGGCUCUGCCUUUUGAUGAUGACAACCUGCGGCAGUUGCUGGAGAAGGUCAAGCGUGGUGUGUUCCACAUGCCACACUUUAUCCCACCAGACUGCCAGAGUCUCCUGCGUGGCAUGAUUGAGGUGGACGCAGCUCGGCGCCUCACGCUAGAGCACAUUCAGAAACACAUAUGGUAUAUAGGUGGCAAGAAUGAGCCAGAGCCAGAACAGCCCAUCCCACGCAAGGUGCAGAUCCGCUCACUACCCAGUUUGGAAGACAUUGACCCUGAUGUGUUGGAUAGCAUGCACUCACUGGGCUGCUUCCGAGACCGCAACAAGCUGCUGCAGGACCUGCUAUCUGAGGAGGAGAAUCAGGAAAAGAUGAUUUAUUUCCUCCUCCUGGAUCGGAAAGAACGGUAUCCCAGCCAUGAGGAUGAGGACCUGCCCCCCAGGAAUGAAAUAGACCCUCCCCGGAAGCGCGUGGAUUCCCCGAUGCUGAACCGGCAUGGCAAGCGGCGACCUGAGCGCAAGUCCAUGGAAGUGCUCAGUGUGACAGAUGGUGGCUCCCCAGUGCCUGCACGGAGAGCCAUUGAGAUGGCCCAGCAUGGCCAGAGAUCUCGAUCCAUCAGUGGUGCGUCCUCAGGCCUUUCUACAAGUCCACUCAGCAGUCCUCGGGUGACCCCUCACCCCUCACCAAGGGGUAGUCCCCUUCCUACCCCCAAAGGGACGCCUGUCCACACGCCAAAGGAGAGCCCAGCUGGCACACCCAAUCCCACACCACCAUCCAGCCCUAGUGUUGGAGGAGUGCCCUGGCGGACACGACUGAACUCCAUCAAGAAUAGCUUCCUGGGCUCACCUCGCUUCCACCGCCGGAAACUGCAAGUUCCCACGCCAGAGGAGAUGUCCAACCUGACCCCAGAAUCCUCUCCAGAGCUGGCCAAGAAAUCGUGGUUCGGGAACUUCAUCAACCUGGAGAAGGAGGAGCAGAUCUUUGUGGUGAUCAAGGACAAGCCCCUGAGCUCCAUCAAGGCUGACAUCGUUCAUGCCUUCCUGUCGAUCCCCAGCCUCAGCCACAGCGUUAUUUCCCAGACAAGCUUCAGGGCUGAAUACAAGGCCACAGGGGGCCCAGCAGUGUUCCAGAAGCCGGUCAAGUUCCAGGUGGACAUCACCUACACUGAGGGCGGAGAGGCCCAGAAGGAGAAUGGCAUCUACUCAGUCACAUUCACUUUACUCUCAGGCCCCAGUCGCCGCUUCAAGAGGGUGGUAGAGACCAUCCAGGCCCAGCUGUUAAGCACCCAUGACCAGCCAUCAGCCCAGCACUUGUCAGACACCACUAACUGUAUGGAAGUGAUGACGGGGCGGCUUUGCAAAUGUGGCACCCCAUUGAGUAACUUCUUUGACGUAAUUAAACAACUUUUUUCAGACGAGAAGAACGGGCAGGCGGCCCAGGCCCCCAGCACGCCCGCCAAGCGGAGUGCCCACGGCCCCCUGGGUGACUCCGCGGCCGCUGGCCCUGGAGGGGACACCGAGUACCCGAUGGGCAAGGACAUGGCCAAGAUGGGGCCGCCCGCCGCCCGCCGUGAGCAGCCUUAGACACUAGUCCCUCCCCAGCACAGCACAGCACAGCACAACACAGCACUGACUGUGGCCUUCUGCCGCCCUGUGUGGACAAGGCCCCACCUGCCUGCCCAGACCUUGUCUCAAGCCUGGGAGGAAAGGAGAGUGGCCAGGGCGCGGCCCGCAGGCUGGGCUGCUGGGCUUGCUCUCUUCUCUCUCUCUCGCGGUCUCUGUCUCUGCCCGUCUCUGACAGCAUCGCUUGUUUCCGCUCUGAUACCAGGAAUUAUCCCGAAAAGUUAACAUGUCACCUCCACGAGGCCGUCCUCUGUGCUGCGUGUGGACACUGGCUGACCGAAGGCAGCUGCUGCGGACCACCCUCCUGCUGCUGCUGCUGGGCAGAGAGGCUAGCCCACUGUCCACCACCUCUGCCUGUUCCCUGGCAGCCCCGCAUGGCCCAAGGGAGGAGGGCCUGCUGCCCAGGGGUUCCUCUUCUCGCCCAGCCACCCUGGAUCCCAGUGACAAGAUCCUCAGCAGGGACAACCUGUUCACCAUCUUCCAGGGUAGGGGACCAUGGUGGGUGAAGCAGUGGGAAUGGAUUGUCCUCCACGCCGCAUCUGGAGGCCUCCUGGGCCACUCACCUCGCCUUUUCCACAUGUUGGCCUCGCAGGGCCACCUCUUCUCAUCUGCAUCCAUUGCUCCACCUUGCCAGGCUGCAGAGCUCCAGCUGUGAAGGUUCUCAUGGGCUGAAGUGGGGAGCAAAGACCUGGGUGCUCCAGAGCUGCCGGGGGCUGGGCUGAGACCAGUAUUAUUCAUUUGCUGUUUUAAUUUAUUGAGUUUCUUUAUGUCUCUGUUCUCUGUUCAGGGAAGGGGGAGUAGCAGCAGCAGCACCCUCCUGCCGUCUGUCUGUCUGUUUGUUCUGUCUGUCUGACUUGGGCAGGGUGGGUCCAGAGCCCAGGUUCCCUCUGAGGACAGAGCCGUUGUGGGGCUGGGGACAGUGGAGAGCCAGCCAGUGGAUGCAGCACUGGCAAGCUACUGUAAACUUUAAAAGAAUUCCUGCAAGAUAUUUUUAUAAACUUUCUUUUCUUGGUUGUUUUUGGAAAAGGGUGUGGGGUGGGGCCGCUGGGGCAGAGCUAGAGUUUGUGUUUCGGCUCCUUGCUCUUGGCUAUUUCUAUACACAUAUACAUAUAUAUAUAUAUAUAUAUUUAAAGAACGAUGUGGUUAGCUCUGUCCCGGGUUGUUUUAUUACUACUUAGCAGCAGCUCCAGUUCCACACGAGAGCUCAGGGUACAGGGCAUCAGCCUGCACUGGUCAGCCGUGCCUGCUGCCCAGAAGCACUACCCAGCACUUCUCUGCUGCAUCAGGCUGAGGCUGAUCUUGGUUUGGUGUUUGAUUGAGAAGGGGUAGAAGGCCCUGAGCUGGCACCCAACUCACACACAGGAUGGCAGCAGUACCUCGGUUUGUUUGUUUGGUUUUUUUUUUUUAAUUAAAAUUAAAAAGUUUUAAAAAAAUCAAAGCCAGAAAUGGAGUUAGCAGAGUGCUCUGCAGUGGGUUCCUCUUGGAGGUGGCGAGGGCAAGGGGCCCACACCACUGCCUGCUGCCCACCAAAGCCCACAUCACUUCCCUCAUCUUCAGCUUUUGUCUGUGUUCCGUUCUGUCUGGCUGAGCCAGUCCCUCCCAGCUGGCCCAAGGUGCCCGGCAUAGCAGCAGGAGGGGCUGGGGGCAGGUUUCAUGCAUGCCUUUGCUCUUCCCCUCAUGUACAGAUUUUAAUGCUUCUAUUACAUUCAACCACCACAGGCUGGGAUUUCUAUACAUAGAACAAAAUCAAACACCUGUAACAACAGCAAAGCCACGCAGUACAAGUGGGAAGGGGCAUAUUACGGUGUCAGGAUACUGAAAGCAAUACCUCUCGUUAGCCUUCCUCUUUUGUACUUUGGACACAUGCGGAUUCGCAGACAUCACAAAAAUGGACAAGCCCCAUCUGGUGUAACCCCUGUCAAAUAACUGUGAGCAACUUCAGUUCUGGAACAAUAAAUUCCUUCCAUAAAGACA